CCAAUUCUGACUGACAAGCGCCAAGUAAAGAAGGAGCUCAAGGCGUUGCAGUGCGUUCUGCAUAUAUUGCACUUUUCAAAACUGUAUUUCGACUAUACUUUUCGGAUGGUGUGAUGCUGGCGGCAGAAGACCCAUCUGCGGACGGGCCUUUGGCCUCGACUCUUGAAAGAAGUAUGGAUUGUGCUGACAAAAAUAAUUCUGCCAAGAAGCUUGUCCAAGCUCGUCUCCCUUUCAAACGGCUAAAUCCUGAACUCAAAGGGAACCGGGAAACAAAGAGAGCACGAGGUCCCCCGGUCUCAUCCUGCCUUGGAAGUGGGCUUUCUGAUGGAGAAAAUGAUGCGAAUGACUCUUCUCCCCCCUUGUGUCAUCGACCACCUGUAGUUAAUGGACGUGGGCCCCUAGAUGGGUUUGUAAUUAAAAAAAAGCACCCUGGUUGUCCUCCAGCGGUAACAAUUGACUUGACGGAAGACUCCAAUUCCUCGGACACUGUCCAUCAGCGGAAACCACGUGCUGUACCAGAACCCUCCCCUCCCACAGAUGAGCGCAUACCAGGGGUUCUGGAUGCUUCACAUCCCGUCAAUUCACAGUCUUCUGUGCCGACCGUGAAAGAACAGAGUGAUGGUCAUAUGGAAAAAAGUGACCUUCAGGAGAAUACAGUCAUGGAGGAGAGUAUGCAAGAAGAUUCUGAGGGUGAAUUGAGGCAUGAGAGUGGACUGCUAUCAUCACCUGCCUCGUCUAGCUCUCUGUCCACUGCGGAGAGCUCACCAGAGGCUAACAAAUCUGCUCAGCGCACUCCAUCAUUUAUUGAAGAACCUGAUGAGAGUUCAGAGAUGAAAAAAGGGAAAAGAAACUCUCUUAAGAUAAAGGAGGAUGAGAGGCAACACCAACGUGCUGAGAGGGAGAGACAGCGCUUGGAGGCCAAAGCUGCGAAUGAGAAAAAGAAGCUGGAGGCUCGUAGACUGAAAGAAGAGAAGGAGAAAGAGAGGAAGGAGAGGAAAGAAAAAGAAGAGAGGGAAAAGAGAGAAAAAAGGGAAAAAGAGGAGAAAGAAAAGGCAGAAAAGUUGAAGACCAAGGCAGAAGAACGCAAGUCUAAGCAAGAGGCAAAACUUGAAGAAAAGCGAAAGAAGGAGGAGGAAAAACGGAUGAAAGAGGAGAAGGAUAGGCUUAAAGCUGAGAAAGCCGAGAUCACACGCUUCUUGCAGAAGCCCAAGGCUCAGCUUGCGCCAAAGACGCUUGCAUCUGCUUGUGGCAAAUUUGCUCCAUUUGAGAUCAAAGAACACAUGUGUUUGGCACCAUUGUGUCGAGUGCCGUGUGAGAAUGCAGUUUUAGACCAGUACCUGGCUAAGCCAGACAGGAGCGCCAGUUGGCUGAAGGAACUGACGAGGAGGAAGCCACGUUGCUCUGGUCCAACCAAACCCAAACCCAAACACCAGGAUCCAGGAAGUGACGAGCUGGUUGUGGUGAAGGGGCCAAAGACUAAUGGUGCGCCUGACCAGCAGUAUCGGGCUCGGAUGAAGCUCCUGCAGUUCCAUGAGAAUUACCGGCCUGCUUACUGGGGUACCUGGAGUAAAAAGAGCACAUGCAUCUCUGCACGCUGCCCCAUCCAACAAGACAAGGAGCUUUUUGACUAUGAAGUAGACAGCGAUGAAGAGUGGGAGGAAGACGAGCCUGGAGAGUCUCUAUCACACAGCGAGGGAGAUGAUGAGGACGGAGACGGAGAAGAUGACAGUGACGAUGACGUUUUCUUUGUACCACAUGGAUACCUGUCAGAUGGUGAAGGGGCUCUGGGGGAGGAAGUGGGAGACCUUGAGAAGCAGAAGUUGCGUCAAAAACUGAAGGCUCGUGAGUGGGAUGAGCUGCUUGCUAAGAAGAAGGUGAAGGUGCUGGAGGCUGUUAUCACUGGCUGCCUAUGGGACGGAGAGAGAGAGAGAGAGAAGGAGUUUUCCCCAACUCAGAUGGACAUGCUGAAGGCCCAUGCCAUCGCUGUUCUGGAGCCCCUCCCCAAAGAUGAACCCUCCUCACCUGCCAAUUCACCUGGGCAGCAGCGUGAUGAAUUGCUUCCCCAGCUUCUACCGUUGCUGCAUGGUAAUAUCAACAGCAGUAAAGUUAUCAUCUCCGAGUUCCAGGAGUUUUGUCGUCAGCAGGCAACUUGUGUUGUGAGCAGCCCCCAGGGUUCUGGAGACAGCAUUCCCACCAGAGUGGGUGUGAAGCGUCUGAUAAAGGAGAGUGCGGUGUAUGCCAAGCGAUCCUGCUUUAGGCGCUGCUGCUGGUAUGUCCAUGCGGAAGUCCUGGCACGCUUCAGUCUCGAGUCCUUACCUGUGCCCUGUCAGUGGAACUACCUCACACCUGGUGUGCAACAGUGUCGUGAGGAUCCCCAGAUGCCAAUUACUUCACAGGGCAACUCGCCAACUACCCCACAGCCUACUCCCACGCUUUCCUCCAAGAGGAAAUCUGCUGGUAGUAUGUCAAUCAAAAAGUUCAUGAAGAAGUCUGUAGACCAGGAACAAACAGCGGUCAUGGAGACAGAUGGUUUUCAGGCGGACACAGAGGAUGAGGAAGAAGACUGCGUCUACAUCAAUACUGAAUCUGGAUUCCUAACGCAGAAUGGCGGCUCAAGCUCACCUCAGCCAGGCGUCCUGGAGCCCAUGGAAGUGAGCGCCUCGACUGCAUUCCUAUUGCCUUGCCCAACUAGUACAUGAGGUCCCAGGUACUUGUCUGACCUUAAACCACGACCACUUAUCCAACCAAGACCACAGUACGAUGGGUGCAGGUCUCUGUAGAGUAUUCACAGAAUAUUGACAGAACUGGGUAUAACUGACGCAAGCUGUUUAUGAUGGAAACACAUCAGUAUAAACAAUUAGCAGGGCUAAAAGCUGUUGUCCGAGAAGCUUAAUGUUAGCUUACAGGUGGAGUCUUUAAUAUUAAGCAGUCGAAUUUCCAACUGGACCUAGUAUCAGCAGAACACCAGAUGUUUGCCUUUUAAUGACGUGUUUUUUGUUUUUCCUCUUCACUUCACAUGGACACAUGUUUGUUUGUGUGUGUGUAAUUAAACAUAACUGCUAUACUUAACUCUGGGUUUAAUUGAUACUAUAAUCAUACCUUUUGUAUGUAUUUUUGUAUGUUUUUCCCCCUGUUAUCACCCUCCCUGGCUUGGGUUUGUGGAUCAGUGGUUUUUCUUUGACAGAUGAUAUUAAUUUCACAGGCCAGUGUGGUUUUGUACAAUUUCCAAACCUCUGAUGUACAUUUUAAUAAUAAUGGUUACAGGUGGGCUACUUCAUUGCCGUCCAACAACAACAACAACAACAAAAAAAUCUUGUAUUUAAAGAGCAGUGUCCAUCAUUGCAGAUUAUUCUUGUGGAGUUUGAAUAAAGCAUUAUUUAAAAGCAAGGGACAACUGAGGUUGAUAUCUGCAGUUGGGUUAAUGUUCUUUUGACUUCAGAAUUCCAGUUGCAAUUUUCAAACUCAUUCGGUGCGCUUUAAUUUGUACGUCUUGGAACAUUUCCUACAUUAAAACACAUAUUUUGUGCCUUGGCA